GGGACACUUUCUAAUCUCACAUACUAAUAAGGAUGGAUAGUAUGAACAUUGGGACGCAGGGCGUGUUGAUAUCACCACGAUGACGUGAAAAUCCCGGAAGUGCCUUUUGUAAACUUGCUGGUCAGCUGUGCCAAUUUUAGAGCAGCCUAAUCUCAUCGAGAAUGUCUUUCAAAGGGGAUAAUAUUCAAGUCUAAAAAGUGGAGUCUUCCUUUGUGCGGUAAAAUUAUACGUGAUUUGGAUGACACAAUGGAGGAAAAGAAUAAGAAACGUAAAAGCCCAAAACCGUCUUCCAACCAGCCUCCUCCCCCAAUCACUGCCCGGAAAACGACAACAUCCGGCAGCAGAUCAGAGCAGAAAGGUGGUGUGGUCACACACUCCAGUCAGAGGACAAAGUAUCGCAGGGGAGUGCGAGACAAACCAAGGCCUCAGAGUCAGUUGAGUAAGAGUAACCAAUCUGCCCGCAUCCAGCACUCGUUUCUCACAGAUGUGUCUGAUGUUCAGGAGAUGGAGAAGGGGCUGCUCAGCCUUCUUAAUGACUUCCACUCUGGAAAAUUACAAGCCUUUGGCAAUGAGUGCUCCAUCGAUCAGAUGGAGCAUGUGAGAGAAAUGCAGGAAACACUGGCUCGUCUGCACUUCGACCUGUAUGGAGAAGUGGAUGAGUUGCCAGAAGACCAGAGGAAGUCCGCCUAUGACACUAACAUGGAUAAACUGUUAUUAAAUCUGGAAGAGUUAAGCUCCUCAAUACAAAAGCUUAACCUCGCUGACUGUCAAGAUGUCCCCAGAACUUCCGGCAUGUGAACUACAAAGGCUCUACCAUGGAGAAUACUGUGUGCAUAUUUAGCACAGAAAAGCUGUGGAGAAACACCAGUAUUACAGUCAUAUCGGUGACACUGUGGAUCUGAAACUUGUAGAAUUGGUCAGCUUGGCUUGUUUGCACUGUAUAGUUUUGUAGAUAUGAUAUCAAAGAACAAAUCCAAACAGUCGUGAUGAAAUGCCCACUUGUCUUUCUCAUCACAUCAUUUCAUCACAAGAAAUAUGUGUUCAUAAGGUAAAGUUAGCAUUGUGACUUCUAAUCUUAUGUCUUAAAUGUUGCCUUGGAGUUGUACAAUAGCAGCACCUUUGCAUGAUCACUAAUUCACUUUGAUGGGCUCAUUUUUAUAUAUGUCUUGUCUUAAGGGAAUGAAUAGAAAGAUAAUGGCAGGAUGUCAGUUUGCUGAGACUGCAGAAUUAAAGUAAAAUAAUAUUGUAUAUUUUUGCUUAUAGUCAUAUUUACAUAUUUUAUUUUGAUUUGAAAUGUUGGAAAAGUAAAGUGUAACCUACUGGCUGAUUGUUGAUUAAACUUUUUAUUCAUGCAUGCAUCAAUAAAGUUCAAGUUGUAUUA